CUGUUACCAAGUACACCAGCUCUAAGUAGAUUCUAUCAAAGAACAUAAAACCCAAAGGCUCUUUUAAGAGCCACCCACAUUUUCAAUAACAGAGCUCAAAACACUGCUUUGUUUUCCCUGACUGGGGUUUUCGUAGUUAGUGAGAAUGGCGAGGACAAAGCAAACAGCUCGCAAAUCUACUGGGGGUAAAGCUCCCCGUAAACAGCUGGCUACUAAAGCUGCCCGUAAAAGUGCUCCUGCGACGGGAGGAGUGAAAAAACCUCAUCGCUACCGGCCCGGCACCGUGGCUCUGCGGGAGAUUCGCCGUUACCAGAAAUCUACUGAGCUGCUCAUCCGCAAGUUGCCCUUCCAGCGCCUGGUCCGUGAAAUCGCCCAGGACUUCAAGACCGAUUUGCGCUUCCAGAGCUCGGCCGUUAUGGCUCUACAGGAGGCUAGUGAGGCUUACUUGGUUGGGCUUUUUGAGGACACCAACCUGUGUGCUAUUCACGCCAAGAGAGUCACCAUCAUGCCCAAGGACAUCCAGUUAGCCCGGCGUAUCCGCGGAGAGAGAGCUUAACAUUCCUAAUAGAGGGCGUUCAUGCAACCAAC